AUGCUGGGAGUCUUCGAUCUCGACUUGCUACCGCAAGAGCUUCCACAUACAACGAUAACAUCAUGUCUUUGCAGUGGUGCUGUAUUCACAGGCUCUCAACGGUCCAAGGGUAAAAAAUACAACGUUGAAGUGACAAUACAAUAUGUGGAUAUGCAGCAAAAGAUGAUAUACGGAUUCAUGAAAAUUGAGAAUUUGACCCAGGAAUACCCCAGUCUGACUACAUACUUUGAAGGAGAGAUAAUCAGCAGAUUGCAUCCUUUCUUAACAGGUAAAUGGGAUGCUACAAUGGAAACAGAUGUCUUACACUGGGAAAAAAUACCUGCAACAAGCUCUUUAGGAAACUUUCACAUCGAUAGUUUUGAUUAUUCUGUCUUGGAGAAAUCUGAUACCAUUUUUAUGAGAUGGAAGGAGAAGUUCAUUGUUCCUGAUCCUGGUUUGAAACACAUAGAAGGUGCAUCAUUUGCUGGAUUUUACUACAUCGGUUUGCAGAAAUCCAUUGGUCAUGUUCUAGGAUAUUACUAUCAUCUUAACUCAGAAAUGUUUCAAUCACUCGAACUAAAAUAUAAACCAGAGUGUACACCAUCAAUUUUUCAACUUCGCUGA